AUGGCAUCAUCUCCAAAUCCUACUGAUCAGAACUUCAUUGUAGUGGAUUUCCACUAUAAUGGUCAGUUUGCACCCAAUCCCUUAGUUUACUUUGAUCCCAACAGAGCAUCAGUGCGAGAUGUUGACUUCAGUGGGUUUGGGUAUGAGCAAUUCAUGGAAUUCCUUCACAAGCUCACCAAAUCGAGAAGCAAAGACAUCUAUUUCUGCCUUCCACAAGAGUCUUUAGGUGUUGGAAUUCAUACACUGGUGAACAACGGUGAUUACAUAGGAAUUUUUGGAUUUGGCGUAUGCUAA